AUGGUUGACGACUCAACCAAAAAACAUUCUUCCAAGGAUGGAAGCACUAACGAUACUUCCAGUCCCUUUUUUAUUCAUCAUUCAGACCAUCCAGGAAUGGUCAUCGUUUCCAAGCUUUUGAAUGGAGAUAACUAUGGGACAUGGUGUCAUUCCAUCAAGAUCUCUCUGAGUGCCAAGAAUAAACUUGGUUUUGUCGACGGAUCUGUCAAAAAACCAUCAGUGAAGACUGAUCCAGAAGGAUUUUCCCUAUGGCGGCGCUGCAAUGACAUGGUCCUAUCUUGGAUCCUGAACUCACUCGAACAAGAUAUAGCCGAUAGCAUGAUUUAUUCAGACACAGCCCAUGAUAUCUGGCAGGACCUUGAGGAACGUUUCUCCCAAAGCAACGCGCCCAGGAUUUUCCAAAUCCAGCGUGACAUAGCUUCACUUACUCAAGAUCAGAUGACCGUCGCUGCGUACUACACAAAGUUGAAAGGUCUCUGGGAUGAAUUAGCAUCAUACAACAAUGUCUCUCCUUAUAGCUGUGGGGCAAUGAAGACUCAUGCUGAACAAGAAGAACAAAACAAAAUUAUGCAGUUUCUCAUGGGACUCAACGAGUCCUAUGCUGCAGCUCGUGGACAAAUAUUGCUCAUGCAACCCUUGCCUGCAUUUCGCAAGACAUAUUCCCUAAUUUCCCAAGAAGAGAAACAACGGGAAUUGGGAUCCUCCCGACCUGUUGUGGAGGCUGCGGCCAUGGCGGUUCGACAGAGUCAAAGAACUUCCAAUCCAAAUCGUAGGCCUCUUCAUUGCUCACACUGUGACGUUGACCAUCACACUGUUGAGACAUGCUGGAAACUGAAUGGGUACCCUCCAGGCCACCGCCUCCACAAGUCCAAGAAAGCUAAUGGGAAUGGCAAUCGUGACAAGCAUGGGGCUGCAUCCUUCUCAGCUAACCAUGUGACUUAUAGUCCCACCUUGCAAGAAUUACAAGCUGCUGUACCUAAUCUUUCUGAGACACAGUACCAACAAAUGCUUUCCAUGAUGAAUGAGAAGAUGAAUGACCAGCCACCGUCCCAGGCAAACGUUGCUGCUCUGUCAUCAGGUUUGUCAAGGUCGAGUUUGCCCUUACAUCAAUGGAUAAUCGAUAGUGGGGCAACCGAUCACAUCACUUCAUCUUCGCAUUCGCUUACUUCUAAAUGCUCAAAUUCUUCAAUGCCACCUGUUGUCUUGCCUAGUGGUGAAAAGGCUCCUAUCUCUUCUACUGGGACUUUAUCUUUAAAUUCACAAGUUCAUUUACGAGAUGUUUUACAUAUCCCUUCUUUCAAGGACUUGGCUACGAAGACGACGAUUGGUUUGGGUAAACAAAGUGGGGGUCUAUAUCACCUUGUGGCGUUGGGUUCUGCAUCCUCAGCUUCCAAACCUUAUUCUUCCAUACCUCAAUCUUCCUACAGUCUUGUCACCACCUCUACCCAUUUAUGGCAUCGGUGUUUGGGCCAUUUAUCUUCAUCUCUGCAAAACAUCCGUGCGGAUAAUGGGGGAGAGUUUAUUUCUCUACGUGCUUUUUUCAAGGAUAAUGGGAUAAUUUUUCAACACUCUUGUGUUUCCACACCACAACAAAAUGGUGUUGUGGAACGCAAGCAUCGGCAUAUUCUUGAGACGGCUAGGGCAUUACGUUUUCAAGCUCAUCUCCCACUCCAUUUUUGGGGUGAAUGUGUGCUCACAGCCACUUAUUUAAUCAAUAGAUUCCCUACACCUAUUCUUUCACACAAAACCCCAUAUGAGAUGCUAUAUGCUAAGCCUCCUUAUUCACACAUGAGAGUUUUCGGUUGUCUCGCUUAUGCAACUUCUAUCAACCCAUCUCAUAAAUUUGCUUCCCGAGCCAAGAUAUGUGUUUUCAUUGGUUACCCCAUUGGACAAAAGGCUUAUAAAUUAUAUGACCUUGAUACCCACAAACUCUUCACUAGUAGAGAUGUCAUCUUCCAUGAGGAUUCUUUCCCAUAUCAAUCACUGGCCCACCAAUCUUCCACCACAACAACAUCUGUCUUACCUAUUCCUAUUUAUGACACGCCACUUAGCCCAUCACCCAGCCAAGAUAUCAACAACCAAGAUACCACCAAUCAAGAUACACCAACACCACCUCUUCCAAAUCAUGACCCGCAUAUCACCCCAGAGCCACAAUUGCCAAUUUCUUCUCCACCACUAGUUUCCGCACCAUCUUUGAGACAAUCCCAUCACCAUAAGACACCUUCUGUUCUUCUCAAAGAUUAUGUUUGUUCACAGGUGACGAUGCCCCAAUAUGACCCUAUGUCGUCUUCCUCGCCAAGUCAUCAUAAAGAGGCAGUACGUGAUCCUCAUUGGAAAGAAGCCAUGGAUUCGGAACUACAGGCUUUAGAGUCCAACCACACUUUGACCAUCACCACUCUUCCUCCUAGCAAAGAACCUAUUGGUUGCAAAUGGGUCUAUAAAAUCAAGCAUCACUCAGACGGAUCCAUCGAGCGUUAUAAGGCUUGUUUGGUGGCUAAAUGGUACACCCAGACAGAGGGCAUUGACUAUCACGACACUUUCUCUCCUACAGCAAAAAUGGUCACUGUUCGGUGCAUUCUUGCUCUUGCCGCUGCCCAAAAUUGGUCACUUCACCAACUUGACGUGCACAAUGCUUUUCUUUAUGGGGAUCUCCAUGAGGAAAUCUAUAUGGCUCUACCUCCUGGUUGUCGGCAUCUCGACAGUGGUUUGCAAAGUUUUCAGAAGCCAUACAAGCUGCAGGCUACACCCAAUCCAAAGCUGAUUAUUCACUCUUCACUUGCAAAAAUGGGAAGAAAUAAUGUAGCUGCGAUUAAUUCUCUCAAACAUGUCCCGUUCCAAGCAAGGUAUAUGCAUCUCCAGAGGAAAUACACCUUGGAGAUUCUCAAAGAUGCAGGUAUUUUGGGAGCACGACCAGUAAGUUUUCCCAUGGAACAAAACAUCAAGCUCUCAAAUGAAGGGGAGAUACUCAAGGACCCGGCCAAGUAUAGAAGGCUCGUGGGACGUUUAAUCUACUUGACGAUCACACGGCCCGAUAUCACAUAUGUUGUACAUGUGCUUAGCAGGUUUAUGCAUGAGCCACGCAUCCCACAUAUGGAUGCAGCGGUUCGAAUCUUGAGAUACCUUAAAUACACUCCAAGCCAAGGAAUACUCUUUCCAACACAGGAUGACUUAAAGUUAAAGGCGUUUUGUGAUUCUGAUUGGGCGUGGUGUCUGACGACUCGCAGGUCGACCACAGGUUACUGUGUGUUUCUAGGAAACUCGUUGAUCUCUUUGAGGACAAAGAGACAGAAGACUGUGUCUCUCUCUUCAGCGGAAGCUGAAUAUAGAGCCAUGGCUAGCACAUGUUGUGAGCUCUCUUGGUUGCGGUGUCUAUUACAAGGCUUGCAACUAACACAUUCAGAACCAGUCACACUACAUUGUGACAACCAAGCUGCAUUACAUAUAGCUGCAAAUCCGGUUUUUCACAAAAGAACAAGGCAUAUUGAGAUGGAUAGCCAUUUCAUCAGAGACAAGAUCCAAGAUGGUUCAAUAGUUACAAAACAUGUUUCUUCCUCACAACAGAUGGCAGACAUCCUGACGAAGCCUUUAGGAAAAGAAGGAUUUUCAACAAUGCUGUGCAAGUUGGGAGUUCUUGACAUCCACUCUCCAACUUGA